AGGUGCGAAUUCGUAAGUGUUUACCAGAUCGCGUCGUAUCUGCUCGGCCUAAACGCAACGCGUCGAAGCACACAACCCACGACAGGACAAAUUGCACGCAGUUAUCAUAGGUCGGCCGUGGUUGUUUCGUGGGCGCUAGGAUGCGCAUCAUGAUGCGCGCCUGCCAGACCCUUUGCCGGCUCGGAAUUGGCCCAGGCAGCCGUGACGUUGGCAUCAACUUCUGCAGUGACCCGUUGCCAUGCAGCGAGAAGCUUCCGAGAGGCAGGGUGGGAAUGUCGCAGGAUCAGCAUGUGGUUAGAGGUGCAAAUUGGCCGCCGCGAUAUUGUUCCCUAUAUCGGCUGCGCCCGAGCACUAUAUAUGACCGGGGGAGCGGCCAGGGUCAAAGUGAAGCUGGCGAGGGUCGUGUUGACAUGUUCUGUUCACAACGUCGCUGGUCGGGGGCGGAUGAAGCUCAACGGGCCAUCGGCUACCAAGAUUUGCGUGAAUACGAUGGACAGAUAAGCCGCGCCAGGGAAGUGGCCCUGAGUGAAGAUGGAAGGCAGCGGCCACGAAGGCGCUGCAGACCUGCGACACGCUGGGCGGGCGCAGACAGACGGCCAUGGCAUAAAGACGCUGCUGCACCGUGGCGAGGCAGGGCAACGUGCAACGUGCUCGUUGUCUGGCGUGAGGAAGUUAUUGAAUCUCCUAGACCUAGCCGCGCCCGUCCGUGCGUGCUCCAGAGGCUAGUGCGGCCCCUUUGCCUGACAACCUCAACUCUUCACCGCGACGGCCAAACUUACUCUCCCUCUAUUAUUUCCUUUUCUGCUUGCUUGUUGAAUCGCACGUCGUUCUUAGCAGCAGAAGACCGACUCACGCAGACCGACCAAUGCAGGCUUGAACAACUGCUCGGGAGGCUUGGUACACGCUGCCAUCUCCGUCGAUUCACGACAGCCUUCCCAGCGCUUGACGACGUUACAUUCUAUUCUCUGUUUUAAUACCUUCUCUGUUUUGUUUCAUAGCAGGUACAUAUCCCCUAGAUGCCCGUCACCACGACAUGAGCCCGGCGACAAGUCUCGAGCCUCCCCAAUGCCGCACCCCAAGAGGCCACACCCUCGUCUCCCGCCUUCCGUCCGCGACUCUGCUCACAGUGCCCAUCGCUCCAUGACCCGCAUCCACACCCGCCCCCGUAGAGCCACCCUGCUAAUCCUGUGACGCU